AUGCUUCCCAACAAAUGCAUCAUGCCUGCUUCCUCCAUCCUCCUUAUGUUCCCCAUUCUUACCGCAACAUUCACUGCCAUGAACACGCAUGUUUCAUGCCCAGGAAUACAAACUGAACACCAAUACCUUGAUUUCGGAAUUGUGGACAUGGUAAAAAGAGGAACCUUAGACCGCCUCGGAGACUUUGACUUCUGCAUACCAGAGACCCGUGUCCUCCUCCGCCAUUCCAUACUGCCUACCAUGACCACACACCAGACUUGGGAACUAUUUAUCCGCUCUUCAAAUUACACCCUACUCGGCAAGCUUAUACUCAGCAGAGAUGGUCCCUGGAACCGAGCCCGCUGUAUAAAUGGUUCCUAUACACUAUUCUCUGACGGUGUACCCCAGCAACCACUGAACUGGACAAAUUUAGACAAUGGUGGUGGCGAAUCAGUUUACACUGACCAUAAUCACCCAACCAACCGUAUUAUCCACGGGUUUUACUGCCAGAGAGUGGACACCAUACCCCGCCCAACCACCCUCCAAGGAGUUUGCCUCCGAAGGUACUGCUGUGUGUGGGACAUCGGCCUUGCUUCUACUUGGGACGGCAGAGCAUACCUUGAGGGCUGGUAUCACUCCACCACACCACCAACGCAGUGGGACACCUCCGGGCCUCAAAGAUGUGGGGGUGUAGCUACAAACCUCACCUACCUACGUCGAAAAGACCCUCUCCACCCCGCAGGUACAGCACCUCGACAAAGGGGGGAACUGUCUAUAUCUCAAACCCCAACCAAUAACGACCUAUUGUCCACCUGGCAUUCCAACACCUAUGUGAGACUAGUCUCUGAAAUCGCAAAGCAAACUACCACUGACGACUGCUGGAUCUGUGCCAACGCUCCUGCCCACCUCCACAGCGGUAUACCAUUCCUUGGAGUACCCCUCACCUUACAACAACAUCUCUCUGCCGAUGUACUGUCCUGGAACCUGACUGCUGUAAAUUUAACUCACCAGUACAUCUACCUCACUGGACCCACGAAAGGUGACCUCUGCCGGAAGUUUAGCGGCAACGACAGGAUGAUUGGAGAAAGUACUUGUAAGUACAUCAUUGAUAUCCCCCUAAUCGGUAGAAUCACUGUGUGGCGACAGGGCACCCCCUCCACCCAUCCAGAUCUGUUGUCAGCCUGGAAACAAGUCAUGGAUUUGCCUGAUACUUGGGACCCCUCCCCCAUUUCCCAAUGUUUUUUUCGUACCUUUCUCACGGGCCGUAUAGACUCCUGCCUACAGGGACUGUUUUGGGUGUGUGGUCACCGCGGCUAUGUAUGGGCUAGUCCCCACUCUUGA